AUGGUGGAGUCCUGCAUAUCUCAAUUCCAUAACCACAACUUCUUGCAAGUUGCCUGCGAACUUGGGAAAUUUCUUAAUGGCUCUUCGUUUCCGAAUUUAAUCCAUCUGGAUCUUGCUGCAGCUGGACUCCAUGGGAGCAUCCCGCCAGAGAUCGGCACUCUUUCGAAGCUCACUUACCUCGACCUCUCUCAUAAUUAUCUUUCAGGUGAGUUACCUCUUUCACUAAGAAACCUCUCCCAAUUGGUGGUGCUUGACAUUUCUUUUAAUGAUAUUCAAGAUUCCAUACCGUCAGAAUUAGGCAAUUUAAACACACUUGUUGCACUAAACUUGAGCGUCAACAUCUUGUACGGUCUAAUCCCUUCAUCACUUGGUCUUUUAACCAACCUCACUCAUUUGGAUAUUUUUGCCAAUCAAAUCAAUGGCCAGUUGCCACUUUCAAUCACAAGCCUCACCCAUUUAAUGGAGUUUGACGCUUCUUCUAAUGAAAUUAAUGGUUCCAUUCCAAUCCACAUAGGAAAGCUGAAAAAUCUUCAAUUCUUGUUCUUGCCCAGAAAUAUGCUUGAUGGACCACUUCCAUUAAGUCUUGGUCCACUAUCCAAAUUAACUGCUCUCUCACUUGAUUCAAACAAUAUCAGUGGCUCAAUUCCUUCGGAAAUAGGGAAAAUGACCAACCUUACUUAUCUAGACCUUGGUAAGAACAUGCUUAAUGGAUCACUUCCAUCAAGUCUUGGUCAACUAUCCAAAUUAACUGCUCUCUCACUUGAUUCAAACAAUAUCACUGGCUCAAUUCCUCCGGAAAUAGGGAAAAUGACCAACCUUGCUCGCCUAGAUCUUCAUGAAAAUAUGCUUAUGAGACAGCUGCCUCCGAUUCUGGGGCUAGUGAACCUGUUUUAUCUCGACUUAAGUGUAAAUAUGUUCAAUGGACAACUCCCUCCAGAAAUCGGAUAUCUGAAAAAUGUGGAAUCAUUGCUGCUUGGUGAUAACUGA